AUGCUGGAAAGAACGGCAGCCAGCCUGGAAUCAUGCAGCCUCCAGCGCCUCCUUUCGCGCCCCGGCCGCUCGCCCAAGCGCUGCCGGCAGCUCCACACGGGCUUCUGGCAGCAUGGCGCGUCCGCCAUCGAGCUCACCAGUCUCUGGCCUCUGCCCGUGAGGCCCGCCGCCGACUCCCCCGCCGCCGAUUCGCCGUCCAGGCCUUUGCAAUCUGGCUUCGUCGCCUCGGCUUUUCUCCUCGACUUCCUCUACCCGAGCGGUACGCGUGCGCUCCUCCGCCGGCUCUCCCCAAUGCUGUCGCGUCCGCAAGACGGCAACGGCUCGAGCCCUGCCGCCCGCAAACGCUGUUUUACUUCCUCCACUGCCGUCGCCGAUCCUCAUACUCAGAGCCCCUUUCCACCACCUGAAGACGCAGGUACAGCCGGGGAACAACAAGAGAAUCAAGGUGGCGUGGUGGAAGCCAGUCCAUCGUCAUAUUGCUCAGCCCUCGCCGAUUUGCUAUCGCGGCCCGACGAAGGGCGCUAUCUCGACGUUUGGGACCUGUACCGCGGAUUGGAUGAGUCUCAGCAAUCCUUGUUUCGCCGUCCCGUUGCCAUCUAUCUUUCCAGGUCAGACAGCGUCGUGGAAAUCGGUAGAGCCUCGCGUCUCUUCCAUCAGAUGCCCAUCGGGUCUUGGAACGACGAAACCCAAACCGCAGCGAUACUUACCAUGAUGCGCUCCAGCAACGUGGAGACUGCCGUCAACUGGUUCAAGACUGGUUUGGCAGAAUUCGGCUUGACAGGCGGCCUCGAGUAUGUGCUUGCCAAUACCGUUGCCAGUCGGCAAUGGCCGGCGCUGUUGAACAUGUGGUCAGAAUACAGCGCAGUGCACGGCGCAGGGAUCCCGAGCGCAAACCCACCAGAAUACCGCUUGCUUUACCUCAGCAAAAUCCCAGACCUAGGCAAGCUCUAUCUCUCUUUUGAGCGAUAUAUCGAACAGGAGGGAGCCGGUCCCGUGCGUGCCAUGAACCUCUACUCAAAGUCGAGACGCAACCUACGAACCCUUCGAUGGAAGAUGGCGGAAGAAUCCCUGAAGCAAGGCUGCGCACCAAAACUAGCCGCCGUCAUACUGGAUCUCUGGAACGACCACCGACUAUACGAACAGUACAUCCUUUGCAUGCUCGAUCGGUGGGCCCGCAGAUUGGAGUCGAGAGGCAGCUUGACGAUUCUGUCAGACCUGUAUAAAAGAUACCGGGCCUUUCGCAAGGCGAAGCCGCCCGUCUCACUACUGCGCGGUAUGCUCCAACUUCACUUCCCUGCCAACCUGGCAGGCAUGGAAGAGAUUUACCGCGACUGGCACAAAGCCUGGGGUGAUCUGGACCAGUGGGCCUACGAAAAGUACAUCCGGUUUUAUUCCCAAACUGGCGAUGCUGCGGCCGUCAGAUACCUGUGGGCGCGAUAUGUGACUCGCUGUCCAGAGGUGCUGAAGGCCCCCAGCGCCUUCAAGAGCACCAUGACCGUCUACGCUCACACCGGCGACGCUGUGCGGGCCGAGCAAGAGCUUCGCGGCAUGAUGAACAAAUACGGAGUCAUGCCAGACAUUGAGAUUUGGAAUACUCUGCUCAAGUGCCACACGAGAGCAGGCGACGAUGCAAGCGCGCUCCGCUGCCUCGAAGAGAUCCGGCGCAUCGCCUCCCCAAAUUCGUCCACGUUCGCUCACCUCAUGGCCAUGGCGGCCAGAAGGGGCGAUCUGCGGUCAGUCCUCAGCUUCUUCGACCAAGCUCAAUCGGAAAAGGUUGGGCUGUCGCCUGCAAUGGCCCUGGCGCUGGUAUCGGCCUAUUGCCACAACGACCGACUGGUGGCGGCAGAAAAGAUUUGCAGAGAGGUAUCGGCGCGCAAGACCGCAGGCACGGCCGCGUGGAACCAGCUUCUGUUCGCCAACGGCGCGCAGGGCAAGCUCAACAAGUUCUAUGACCUGCUCCAAGCCAUGAAGACUUUUGGGCUGGACUGGGACCACAACACGUACGAGGCCCUCCUCCAAGCCCUGGUCAAGGUCAACCAGAUCCAUGCGGCGUUCCACCUCCUGCAGAGCGCGAAAAAGGACAGCCUCUUCCCCGUGGGCCCCGAGCACUUUGAAGUUGUCAUUGCCGGGGUCGUCCGCUCCGGAGAAAUGGACCUCCUCCCCGGCAUCCUGUCGCUCAUGCAGCAGGCAAAUCAGCCCGUAACCUUUAACGUGCAAGUUACACUCCUCGAAGUUGCGGCCAAGAAAGCGCCAUCGUCUGAGCGCACGCGAAACAUGGCCAAGGAACUAAUCUGGCUGCUCCGUUCUUUAAUCCCGUCAACAACCACCUAUAAUCACGACGACCUCAGGCACGGCAACCCCCCACCCCAUGUCGUCGGCGACAGGGUCAAGCUGAAGGCACAAACGCAGAACAUCGACCGCGCCGUCAUGGUCCUGGUCAAGCUGCGUGAAUUCCGCAGCGCCGAAGAGAUCGUCAGCAUCUACGCCGACUUGUUUCCCGAGUACAAGGGGGGGGCGUUUCCUCCAAAGGUGGCCGGCGCCCUGAUGAUGGGCUGCUUACAGGACGACAAAGUGUCAAAGACUAUUGCCAUGUGGCACCAGACUCUGAAAAACGCUGUGGCCCGGUACAAGCAUCCCAACGAAGGCGCUGUUUUCCCGGCCAACUGGUAUGAACUUUGCCGGCCGAUGAGCGUCGUGACCAAGGCCUACAGGGAGGUGGAUGACGGGCCCGGCCUGGCCAAGUGCGUGGACCGGGUGGUGGGCGCCGACUUCAAGCUGACGCGGGCCAACUGGAACCAAAUCGUUCGCUACCUGGGCGAGAUGGGACAAUGGGAACGGGCUAUGCGCUGGUGCGAGACGAUGCUCAUGCCCGGCUGGCGCGGCUGGAACCCCCACUCGGUGACUGCGCGGGAGAAGCGCGGCAUGAGGAACUCACGGUUCCUGAAGGCGUCGUCGAACACCGUCUUUACUCUGCAGAAAGAAUGGCUCAACAUGCGCAAGCUGGCGGCGUGGUCGGGCGAGGUAUCGCAGAAGCUCAAGGUGGUGGAGCAGGACCACCCGCGGCUGUUCCACGCCUUCAUCACCAACCACUUCAAGUACCUGCCGGCGGCGUGGGUGGUGCGGGAGUCACCCAGCAUGAACAAGGCCAUGCGGGACAUGCUCAAGCCGCUCUCCUUCAAGGAGCUCCGGGCCAUGAAGAAGGCGCUGGUGCACCAGCUGCGCAUCGCGCCAGCCAAGCGCAUGAUUCGCUCCGUCAUGAGCCCCUUCCACGUGGCCACGGGCAUGCACCACGACGUGGUGCUGACAAAGGCCUUUACCUACGAGGAGCUCAAGCUGCUCGAGACGGAGCUGCGCGACCGCAUGGCGGCCAUGGCAAAGCCGGGCGGGCGGCGGGUCGACCCGGCAUACGGCCACGGGCCUGCCUACGGGCCCAAGCCCGACUCCCCCGACACCCCGACGUGGCCAGUCGUCAAGGUCGAGGGGUAA